CUGUUGUUGCCGCCGUUGCCGCCGGGUUUUGGCUAAAGACGCUAACUGCGUGGCUUCCUGGAACCGACAGAAUAACAGGACGUUUGCUGGACGUUGACGCUCUCGCAUGUAAAAGAAGCCCAAGCCGCGUCCAUCCCGGUUUCAUUUCAGAGACGCCAUGCACAACGUCAACAAGCUGCUCAUUAUCGUCGUCAGCCUCAUCUAUGUGGAGCGUGCACAGGGUGUGAGGUGUUUUGCACGCUUCGAGCGGUCAUCGGCCUUCUGUGACGAAGAGCUGGGCGACCUUGAUGAAGAAGACUGCUGUCUCAACCCUCAAUAUGCUUACCUUACGCAAGAUGGAGAGUGUCAGUCCUGUGGGUCAUCCUCCGGAUGGUCUGACUUCGCAUGGUCACCGUGUACCACCCCGUGCGGGGAAGGCGUGACCCAGAGGAGCAGGAUGUGCAUUGGCAUCGGCCAAUCAGAGUGCAAGGCUCAAGAGAGGCUGCAGACCAAACCUUGCAACGGAACAUGCUGCAGUGAAGGGUGGAGCGCUUGGUCACCGUGGUCUCCGUGUUUCCGUGAGGUGCGGAGAGGGCGGAGUCAGAGAAGCGUGAAAGGCACUGCUCCGCCCCUCUCCGAGUGCCUUUUGACUUGCACGGGUGCCACCGAGAUCGAGAUGUCAUGCGAUGGUUUCGGCAAGUGUCCAGUGCACGGCGGCUGGUCGUCGUGUCAUCGUGGUUCGCUGUGUUCUUCCACUUGCGUGCGCGACGACGUGGCCCCACCGUACAGACAGCGUCGUCGCUCCUGUACCAACCCCGCCCCCUCCUCUGACACGGCGCCACCUGGCGACGCUUGCCAGGGAGCCGACCUCGAGCGACAGAAAUGCACCGAUAUCCCGAAAUGUCCCGUGGAUGGCAACUGGGGGGAGUGGUCCCCGCCGGGACCUUGCUCCACCCAGUGUGGGGAAGGGCUUGCAUUAGCUAUCAGACAGUGUGAUCAGCCCGUGCCCAAAUAUGGCGGACGAUUCUGCGAGGGACCGAACGCACGCACCUCAGUGUGCCACAUCAUCUGCGCCGUUGAUGGGUCCUGGUCCGGUUGGUCCGAUUGGGGCGAGUGUUCAUCUUCCUGCAUCCCGGAAGGCGGAGUUCCCGUCAGGACUCGUCAGCGUGACUGCUCGAGUCCCAAGCCUUCUCUCUAUCCCGCAGGCAAGGGUUGCCAUGGCGACAGCAGCUCCGCAGAGCCCUGUGUGCAUCUUCCGCAUUGCACCGGUACGACAGCUAUCCGGUCUUGGACGGGCGCGUGGGGGCCCUGGUCCGGCCAUUCUCAGACUGUCCCGUCACCCUGUGGCGUCGGCCUGGAGGUGUCGCGCAGAAACUGCGACAGCCCUGCCCCGAAACGUAAUGGUCGGCCGUGCGUCGGCGACCACCAGCAGACUCGCCUUUGCAAUACUGACGUCCACUGUCCAGUGGAUGGCAUGUGGUCGGAGUGGUCGGCGUGGCAGCGUUGCACCUAUCCCUACGGGAUUCGCGUGAUUCGCUGCAAGCAAAUUGGCGGGAGGCAAAGUCGCGAGCGCCGAUGUUUGCAUCGGGCGCACAAUGGCGCCAUCUGCGGUGGAGACAACCUCAGCCUCAGCCAAUACAGAGGAUGCUAUGACGUCGACAGCUGCUACGUUCAGGGCAACUGGGAUGACUGGGAGCCAUGGUCUUUGUGUAAGCCGCCAUGUGGAGGGAAGUCUCGGCGCAUUCGGAAUAGAAAAUGUUUGCCAGACUACAAGGACUAUCGCCUCACCAUUGGUCGUCUGGAGGAACCAGCCGUCUUCGUUGGGACGCCUUUGUUGGACUGCGGGGAUGUACCACCAGGGGGCGCCACGCAGGUUCAGAAUUGUGUCAAUGUGCCCGACUGUGACUGACGUGAUGAGUACGGACGUGUGUUCUCAAUAAAAUUGUGGCAAUAUCACUGGCAAUAUCAAGUUA